CCGGGUUGUUUGUUUACAAUCAAUCUUAGCACGAUUCAACGUGAAAACGUGUUUCACUUCGUGACGAUGGCUGAGCUUAAACCAAAAACCAGCAUUGCUGGCCUCUUCGAAGACGCUAGGACGAAAAAAACCUACCUUAAGAUAUGCGCGCCAAUGGUGAGAUACAGCAAAUUAGAAUUCCGAAAUCUGGUUCGUACCUUCGACACCGAUCUCACCUUUAGCAGCAUGAUUAUGGCCGAUUCUUUCUGCCACAGUGAGAAGGCUCGACUAAACGAGUUUACCACUAAUAAAGACGACACUCCGAUGAUAGUGCAAUUUGCCGCUAAUAAUACAAUAGAUUUCCUGUCCGCCGCCGAAAUGGUCUAUCCUUACUCCGACGGUGUGGACCUCAACUGCGGCUGCCCACAGCGUUGGGCAAUGCAGGACGGAUAUGGCAGCGCACUGCUCAAGACUCCGGAGCUGAUAGCGGACAUGCUGGCGACGGUGCGGCGGAAUCUGCCCUGCUCGUUCAGCGUUUCCGUGAAGGUGCGACUGCUGCAGAAGUCACUCGCUGCCACGGUGGACAUGUGCCGCCAACUGGAGGCCUGUGGGAUAACGUUCCUGACGGUGCACGGACGGACCGCGGCGGACAAGAUAAACGUGCCGGUGAAUAAGGAUGCGCUGAAAGAGAUUAAGGCCAGUUUGAGCAUUCCGAUGGUGGCGAAUGGGGACAUUUUUAGCUUACAGGAUGCUGAUGAGAUGCACAGGAUAACUGGAUGUGACGGUGUCAUGUCCGCUCGCGGGAUACUGUCCAAUCCGGGCCUAUACGCCGGCCACCGGCAAACCCCCCGUGAGUGCAUCCAACGCUGGCUGGACAUAACGGCCCAAGCGGACACGGACAUUACAUACCAGGCGAUGCACCACCAUCUGAGCUUUAUGGCGGAAUCGAUGUUGAGCAAGACGCAACGGGUCACGUUCAACGGGCUGAGCAAGGACAAGCGGUUGGUGGUGGACUUUCUGAGGGAGCACUUUCAGCUGGAACCGCGCCCCUGUGAUCAUCCGCCGAAGUUGGCGUGUACGUUUGACGACACGGCGUUCCGGAAGCGGGCGCAGGCCGACGGAAGGAACACCGUUGGCGAUGGGAAGGGUGAGAAUGGGUACGUCAGCGAGAACACAGAUGGCGCGUUCUUCAAGAGUAUGGUGGAUGACUUGGCUAAGGAGGAUGGGGAGGAUGGCGGUGUGGAUGAUGUUGGUGUAAUGGGUGGGUUGUUUGGGGAUGUGGAAAUAUAAAUGAAUGUUGGGAAUGUGUUUGAA